AUGAGAGUUAAUAAAUUUAUUCGUCCUUGUCGUCAUAUGUCUUCGACAACUGUUGUUUCGUUGGGGCUGAAGAUCAAACCAGAUUUUCAGCCCGCACCAAAGUUGACCGUCACUGAUUUGAACCCUCAUACAGUCAAUGCCAAAUAUGCCGUAAGAGGAAAAAUUCCUACUAAGGCAGAACUUUUAAGAAAUCAGCUUAACGAUGUAGACCAUAAAUUGCCUUUCACCAAAAUUAUUAGUGCCAACAUUGGUAAUCCACAGCAAUUAGACCAAAAGCCAUUAACAUUCUACAGACAAAUCCUGGCCCUGCUGCAGUACCCGCCCUUGUUGGACGAUCCUCGUGUUGCUUCAAUUUUCCCCAAGGAUAUUAUUGAGCGUGCUAGAAGCUUAUUGAAACAAAUUGGUUCCGUGGGUGCCUACUCCCAAUCUCAAGGUGUCCCUUCUAUCAGACAGUCUAUCGCGGACUUCAUCAGCAGAAGAGACGGCCAUCCUUGUGCCAGGAAAGAGCUAAUAUAUCUUACCACCGGUGCAUCCACCGCUGUCACUUAUCUGUUAACUCUACUGGGACAAAAUGAGAAGACCGGUUUCUUGAUUCCGAUUCCUCAAUAUCCUCUCUAUACUGCCACACUGACCCUCAACAACCGUACCGCAUUGCCAUACUACUUGAACGAGGAAGACAACUGGUCCAUCGAGUGCGAUGAAAUAGAGUCCAUUAUUCUGGAUUCCAAAGCUAAAGGAAUCGACCCUCGUUGCCUGAUAGUAAUCAAUCCUGGAAACCCCACUGGUGCCAUUCUUUCCUAUGAAGCCAUUGAGGAUAUCUUGAAUGUUUGUGCCAAGUAUGGUUUGGUUGUUAUUGCCGAUGAAGUGUAUCAGGAAAACAUUUUUGACGGUAAGUUCAUUUCCGUUAGAAAAGUGUUGCUAGAUCUAUUACAAGGCCCAAAGGCCGACUUGUAUAAGAACAUCCAGUUGGCAUCGUUGCAUUCGACCUCCAAGGGUAUUUCUGGAGAAUGUGGGCAAAGAGGUGGCUAUAUGGAACUCAUAGGUUUCGACGAAUCUGUGUUAGAACAGAUCACCAAGCUUUCUUCUAUUUCUCUGUGCCCAGUGGUGACAGGCCAAGCUCUGGUAGAACUAAUGAUUAACCCGCCCAAGGAAGGAGAUGAAUCUUACAAACUGUAUUACGAUGAGACCCGUGCUAUUCACGAUUCCCUAGCCGAAAGGGCCACGAAAUUGUACGAUGCGUUCAACAGCAUGGAGGGUGUUGUUUGCCGCAAACCCCAAGGGGCCAUGUAUUGUUUCCCCAAAAUCACUAUUCCUGAGAAGGCGAUCAAGACCGCCAAGGAGCUUGACUUUGAACCUGAUGAAUUUUACUGCAAUGAAUUGUUAGAGACUACUGGUAUUUGUGCUGUUCCAGGCUCCGGAUUUGGACAGAAGCCGGGAACAUAUCACAUUAGAACAACUUUCCUUGCUCCAGGGUCCGAGUGGAUCAACGACUGGGUCGUCUUCCACAAGAAGUUCAUGCAAAAGUAUAAAUGA